CAUCAGCCUGCGAGGCUGCCCCGCAGCGCAUAUAUAGCAAUGCGGCGCAUCACACUCCUCCUCGCCGCCGCGGCCGUAUCAGCAGAGUACUUUGAUGUGGAGGAGGACGCCUUCUGGGAGAACGACGGCCCGCAGGAGCCGCGCAAGACGGUCAAGCCCAAGACGACGGCGCCGCGCAUCGCGAAGCGCGACCGGGCGCAAUUAUCAUUGAACCAGAUGGUGACGUUUGCGUCCCAGGGCUGGAUCCGGUGUGUCAAGUGCAUUCCUGAAUUACGCGAUCCGGGCGUCGCUGCGGCGUUGGACCGCGGCUACGAAGCGACAUUGCGGCAGUACGCGAGGUAUGCUCCCUCGUUCAUGUUAGAUCGGUUCGACGUCGACGUCCACGAACACAACGAGGAGUGCGGUCCCGUGGUUAUGGAGCUGCUCGAUCAGGGUCGAAGGGGCGUCGAGGAGUACCUGGAUCGGCUACGGUGUUCCGUGCGCAUAGGACGGCACUAUUCGAACGUGUCCUUGCCUUAUUUUCAGGGCUUGAACGUGCAUCGCGUCGAAAGUGUUGUUGAGUCUGUCGCGACGACGAAAGCACUAGGCUUGGCCGCUGCCAGUCUGUUACAAGCCGCCAAGGUUCGGUUGUACCAGACGGCCAUGUUCGUGAAGGAUCCGGCCCAUGGCGCUGGCUUAAAUAAUGCGACAGGAUGGCACCGCGACUUGCAGUUGGUACCUUUGGAUACGCGAGGUAGAGGUUAUGUGACCUUCUGGUGCCCCUACGAGCGCCCAUUAGGCGAAGGGGAUUCCUUCCUGCACUUCGCCGUCGGUUCCCAACGAGACAUUGGGUUUGAGUACUGGUACGGCAACCCGGAAAAAUUAGGACCGCUCAUAGCAGCUAGAUACGCCAUUACGAGAGUCGCGUCAUUGGAUGUGGGCGACUGCACGGCCCACGACGGCUGGACGUUCCACACGGCGCCGCCGCAGGAUCCGUCGCGGGGCGCGCGCAAGGCCGUGGCUUUCUGUGUGGAAAUCAAAAUAUUACGGCGCGUUCGCCAUCGACGCGAUGCCUGCUCGAUGGCGUGGCGGCGCCGGUUCCUCACCGCUCGACGGAGCCAGCACGGCAGCGUGUGCACCCGACACACUGGUUGAUUUCCACACAGGUGGCGUUUUCGUUCGUGACGACGGACGCGAUACCUCUCCCGGACUUGGACGCGGAGAAUAUACGUGUGGACCGGCCGGAUAGGGUCUUCGUGAGGGAGGACGAGAUCGGGUGGCGCGACUUCUAUGACGACUUGGAGCCCUUCGAGCCCGUCGACCAUGAAUUACUACCCAUGGUCUUCGAAGAUACGCGGGCGACGAAUUUGCCCGCGCCCGGCGGCAAGCAGUCUCUGCUGAAUGCUGCUAGGGCGGCGGGGGCGAACAUCUAA